CUAGUUUUUAAGAAGGGAGCUAGUACCAUUUCUUUGGCGCCUUAGCCGAAAGUCUGCGGGUUAUUUUUCUAGGGUUUUGCUUCACACCAAAAAAAGAAAGCAUGGCUUCAUCUACUCGAAUUUUCGGCAAGGGGUGCCGGAUUCUGAUGGCCGCCGCAAAGAGCUCCACUGCCCCUACCUCAGUCGCUACGUCUGCUGUGAAAUCUAGAGGCCGUCCAAACGGAAUUCUGAAGCCGAUCAAGGUUUCUCCGGCUCUAGAGAAGUUCAUAGGCGCGUCUGAGGUCUCUCGUACUGACGCCGUGAAGAAAGUAUGGGAAUACAUCAAGGCCCAAAAUCUUCAGAAUCCUGCAAAUAAGAAAGAGAUAAGAUGCGAUGAGAAGCUGAAGACUAUAUUCAGUGGGAAGGAGACAGUCGGGUUUCUUGAGAUUGCCAAGCAGCUAGCACAACAUUUUCCGAAGGCUGCAGCGUAGUAGAUUUUCCAUUGAAACGCUUAGAGCGCCUAUUUGUCUGUUAGAUUUGCACACUGUGUUGUGUACCGGCAGUGCAUGCCUUUUAUUUUGGUUGUGGUUGGUUAACUGUGUACGGUGCUGAUCAUGAACAUGGAUGCAUAUACCGUUUUUUAGUUUACGUAUCCUAUCUUAAUGAUGAAAUUGUAUUUUUUUUAUUAACAUAAAAGUGGGGUAAUCAACACUUUAAAAUGACAAUUUAAUAAAUAAAGAAAAAAAGUUCAAGUAAGCC